AUGGAAGACGACCAGGAGAAUGAACAUCCCGUGCGAAAUUUGGUGCUGUCAGUGUGCGACCUGAAGCAGCAUGGGGACAUCCCCACCGCCCGAUGUGCCGCGCAGACGGUCACCAUGAACACGAGAAUGUACCUUCAUGGUGGAUGCGAUGACAAGAAGGCGUAUGGCGACCUUCACCUGCUCGAGAUUGAACAGAUGAAGUGGACAGAGCUGCAGUGCGAAGGUGCAGCACCAGCACCGCGGUGGGGGCACACCGUUGCAGGCUACGAUACGGAACUCGUCGUCUUCGGCGGCAUCGCUGCCGAGGAGAGCGCGCUCCUUUCGGACGACGGCAGCAGGGGUCCCGUGCAGCCACCCUUUCUGGCCGGCAGAUUCAGCCACAGCGGGUCACCCUCGAAUAGCCUCCACAAGCUGCAGACACAAAGCCUGAAGUGGGAGGCCGUGAGCGCCGGUGGAACUCCGCCCAGUGCUCGAAGCUUCCACAGUGCCUGCGUGGCAAACGACGUCUACGUCGUCUUCGGUGGCAAUAGCGCCGUGGACUACAGCGAACCCUUGAAUGACAUUCACUUGCUUGAUCUGCGAAGUAGCUCCUGGACGACACCCCAGGUGUUUGGAGAGGCGCCAGCGCCCAGGUUUGGGCACAAGAUGAUCCAUGGCCCUGACAACCAGAUUUUCGUCUUUGGCGGCUCAACAUCGGCCUCUGGGGCACCUGUUCAGCCAGGAUCUUUGCACGCCUUUCAGCUGGCCACCUCCACCUGGAUCACUGUGCAGGUUGCUGGCACUCCACCACUGGAGCGCGCGUUCCAUUCCUUCGAUCUUAUCGGCAAGUGGGUCUUCUGCUUCGCGGGCUCUAGCCAGACCAGCAUCAGCGACCUUUACAUCCUGGAUGCGCCGAACAUGAGAUGGGCACGGCCACUCUACGAGGGCCAGGUGAAUGCCAGAGCACACGCCUCCUCCGUCCUCCAUGACAAACUGAUCGUGUUCGGCGGAGUGAGAGACAAGAUCACGCAAACCUCCAAGAACGGCCCGCCGGAUGUCGAGCCGCACAUCUCAAAGAAGCUUUUCUUCUUGAACGUGCUCGAGGCCUUUGCCUGUAAGCUCAAGCCACCGGGGUAUUCCCCAUUCCCCGACCUUCGUGAACCGGUAGCUAACCCUUCUUCCCCGAUGUCUCUGAUUCAGCCGGCGCCGGCUGUGCUGGGACCGCUCCCACUCCCAGCACUGGUCGGCUUUCUCGUCCUUGCGCAUUUCGGCUUCUGUGUCUAUGUGCUUGCCACGGUGCAGUCCGACAAGAGCAUGCUGAUUGGACACGUCGAGGUGUCCAACACGCUUCAGUGUGCCUUCGGGGCAUUUUGCUUGAUCGGCCUUCCCGUUACCAUCCACGCGGGCGUUGGAACUGUUUUCAGAGCGCCAGGCCACCUCUACUCCUACAUCUGGUAUCAGUUCCUGACCCUCUUGUCGGUCGGGGGCUUCUUGCUCUCCCUUGCCGUGAGCCAGCGUAGCUGCUUCACGCGGGAAGCGCGUGGUGACGGUCUGGCCACCAUGGUCUGUGGCCUACCAAACAUUACCAGCAUGGUCUUCUUAGCGAUCUUCUGCCUGUCCAUGAGCGUGGCCAUGUACUUCGUGUGGUCCCUCGGUGAGGUCUACAAGGGGCGGUUGGCGACCGACCUCUUCCGAUACCAGGAGCCUUUGCAGCUGAAAGCACAACUGGGCGAGGAGGCGGCAGCGCAAGCCGCCCGUGAAGCCCAAGCCGCAGCUGCCGCGGCACAUCGCAUGGCUGUACCUGGUGCGCUUUGGAGCCCUGGUGCUCUGUGA